CAAGAAUUUGUUAACCGGUUCAGCGUCUCUCCCUCGUGCUUGAAGGUUUUCUGAAAUAUGGAUGACGAGGAUGAAACAUAUAAAUUGUGGCGCAUCAGAAAAACCGUGAUGCAGCUGUGCCACGACAGAGGUUAUCUUGUUACGCAGGACGAGUUGGAUCAGACGUUAGAACUGUUCAAGGAACAGUUUGGAGAUAAACCUAGCGAGAAAAGACCGGCCAGAAGUGAUCUUAUUGUUCUUGUGGCGCAUAACGACGAUCCUACAGAUCAGCUGUUCGUCUUCUUCCCCGAUGAACCAAAAAUUGGCAUCAAAACCAUUAAAACAUAUUGCCAGCGCAUGCAAGAAGAGAAGAUCCACAGAGCAAUAAUUGUAGUCCAGCAAGGCAUGACACCAUCGGCUAAACAAUCGUUGGUAGAUAUGGCACCAAAGUAUAUACUGGAACAAUUUCUGGAAUCUGAAUUACUAAUAAACAUUACUGAACAUGAAUUGGUGCCUGAGCACAUUGUUUUAACUCCGGAUGAGAAAGAGGAACUAUUGACAAGAUAUAAACUUAAAGAAAAUCAAUUGAUGCGAAUACAAGCUGGUGAUCCAGUGGCACGAUAUUUUGGUUUGAAGCGUGGACAAGUUGUUAAAAUAAUCAGACCGUCUGAAACCGCAGGAAGAUACAUAUCCUAUAGGUUGGUUUGUUGAAGAGAGAAAGAUAAAGAGUAAAUAAGAAUUAAGACUAAAUAGCGAAACUCUUUCAUAGACUAAGAAAAGAGUGUACAUUAUUUAUUAAAUUUAAAAAGAUAAUACUUAUUAAAAUGUAAAAGAGAAGAUGCAGUUCAAAAUUUGUCAUUUAUUGCAGCAGCAUUUUAUAAUGGUGCAUUAUACAGUUUUCACACACAAAUACAGAUCUCUAAAAUGUGUUCUUACCUUUCCAUUAUUUUAAUGCACUAUUGGCAAUUCUAUGCGUAAAAUGUAUAUUUCGUUUGCAUAGUUCAUUAGCUCACACUUAUAAUCAAUAUUAGGAUAUAGCUUAAGUUUAUAAGAAACAACAAUCGGUACAAAAAAGACUGCGACUUGCAACGGUCGCUCAUAAUCUGGUUAGGGCAGACAUUAUUUCGAGUUAUUAUUAUUAUUAUACAUCGCUUGGUCCAAAAGUAUCAUUCUAUAUACGGUAUAUUCUGACAUAAAAGUAUAUCAGUAGCAGGAUUUCCUUUCUUUCAGUGUAUCUAUAAUGUUUUUUAUAUA